AUGGAGGUAACUGCAGAGAAGAGAGCAAGAGGGGGAUUUAGCAUCACUCACAUGCUGCGCUCGAUCAUUCCCUCUUUUGUGCAGUGGACAAUGAGGGCCAGAGGUACGGGGCUUAAAAAGGAUACGCGCACUGUCACAGCCAACAAACCUGGAGAGCGACCAGCCAAAACCAGAGGUAUCAGUUUAAAAAAUGAGGACAGUCUCUUGCCAGGCGUCUCCACAAUGCUGUAUACUUUAGCAGGAGGAGGCACCCUCUGCGGCGUGGCCGCCCUUGUGCUUCUCAUAGUUUCUACAGCGACGGACUUCUGGAUGCAGUAUCGAUACUCUGGCAGCUCGGCCAAUCAGGGGCUUUGGAGAUUCUGCAUCAACCACAAAUGCCACGCCCACACCAUCACUGUAGCCUUCUGGGAUGCCACACGGGCCUUCAUGCUGCUGGCAGUGCUGAGCUGUUUUGCUGGCGUGGUGCUUGGACUGAGCGCUUUCACUAACGGCACCAAGAACAGGAGAGUGCGCACAGGUGGCAUCGCCCUGGUCCUGUCAGGUUUUCUCGCUCUGCUGGCUUUGGCAAUUUACACUGGUGUGACUGUUACCUUCUUUGGCAAACGCUUCUUGGACUGGCGCUUUUCCUGGUCCUACAUCAUAGGCUGGGUUGCCAUUAUUUUGGCCUUUGCAGCAGGCGUGUUCCAACUCUGUGCCUACCAGCGGACCACUGCAGAACCCGCUCCCUCCAAUAACCCAGAGAGCUGA